UAUUAUUAUUUUUUUUCUUUUAAUUGACUCUAUCCACUCUUUCUUCUUUUUAUUGUUUAUAAAUUCCCAAUUGUCCACAGAUCCGUCUAUAAGAUUCUUUCCAGAAUACCCCCUCCUCAAUCCACCAGGUCUGUCAAAUCCACCAAUUGAAAUAAACUGGAAAAGAAGGGAAACUUUUUAAACUAUAGUUCCACAAUUUGUAAUUUUGAUUUUCCUCACGAUCAAAUUGUACUCCCUUUUUCCCCCCCUUUUCCACAGUGAGUUCAAGUCCAAAUGUUAUUUUGUAUCUUCUCUGUUGAUUACUCCUUCCACUGCUUGUUAUUUUGUUGCCUCCGGUUGAUCAUCUCUAAUUAAGCGCUCUCCUUCCUGAUCGCCGCUCUCUUUGCUCUCUGCGUCUCUCUCACUCCUUUAUAAGUGUUCUCACUUUCUCGAAUCCAAAUCCUUCUCGACCACCAACGCUGAUAACACUCUUUGCUUCCUUCGCUACGCGGCUGCCAUCGCUAUCGAUCUGCCCUGAAGACAGAUUUUUUCCUGCCGGAUUUAAGGGGUCCGGCUUUUAUUCUCCUGGGCACUAGCAUCUCGCCCGGAUCUCAAAGCCUUCCCCUUUAGUUUUCCAAACCUCUGGGUCUGGAAAUGCCCUUAAAGGGCUCCUUUCCAGGAAUUAAUUGGGUUUUCGGGAGCUGUAACUCGCACCCUUACCCACUCCGCUCAGACGUCACCGCCGGAAGUCCUGAUACUAUUUGAUUGUUAUUGGGGUAAUCAGGUGCUAUAUUCACAUUUGGGAAAAGCAAAUUUGCAGAAAAUGUACCUAGCCAGUUUUGGUUUAAAAAUGACAAGCCUUUACACAUGUCAUGUGGAGAUGAACAUACAUCUGUUGUUACAGAAAAUGGUAAGCUGUACAUGUUUGGAAGCAACAACUGGGGACAACUAGGCCUUGGAACAAAGAAUACUGUCAGCAAGCCAACUUGUGUGAAAGUUCUAAAACCUGAAAAAGUGAAACUAGCUGCUUGUGGGAGAAAUCAUACUUUGAUCUAUACAGAAAAAAGGAACCUGUAUGCCACUGGGGGUAACAGUGAAGGACAACUGGGAUUAGGAGGCACAGAAGAAAGAAGUGCAUUUCAUCUAGUUAGUUAUUUUACCAGUCAGCACAAGAUCAAACAGUUAGCAGCUGGAUCCUACACAUCAGCAGCAUUAACUGAGGAUGGACAACUUUUUAUGUGGGGAGACAACUCCGAAGGCCAAAUAGGCUUGGGAAAUGAAGCUAAUGCAUGUGUUCCUCAUCAAGUGGAUGUUGGGAAACCUGUUUUCUGGAUCUCUUGUGGAUAUUAUCAUUCUGCCUUAAUAACAUGUGAUGGAGAACUUUAUACUUUUGGGGAGUCUGACAAUGGGAAACUAGGUUUGUCACUUGAACAACUGAAAAACAAUAGAGUCCCACAGCUUGUUUCUGGAAUUCCAAGUAGAGUUAAUAAGGUUGCCUGCGGAGGAGGACAUACAGUAGCACUGGCAGGGGGAGAGGUCUAUACCUUUGGACUAGGCCAAUAUGGGCAACUUGGACUUGGCACAUUUAUCUUUGAAACUUCUGAACCAAAGAUGGUAGAUCAUCUGGGAAAGCAUAAAAUCUGUCACAUUGCAAGUGGAGAAAACCACACAGCUUUAAUAACAGAGAACGGUCUUAUGUAUACUUUUGGCGAUGGACGGCAUGGCAAAUUAGGACUUGGGAAAGAAAAUUACACUAAUCAGUUUGUACCUACAUUAUGUUCCAAUUUUUUGAGGUUUACUGUCCAUUUGGCUGCUUGUGGUGGCUGUCAUAUGCUGGUUUUUGCCGCCCCAAGGCCUAAAACAUAUGAUAACAUUCACGAGCUAGAAGAAAAUGAGCCCAAUUUAUCUCUUAAAGUCUUUGAAAUGGGAGGAGAUGCAGACACCUUUCAACAAACAUUUUCAGCACGUGUGCGACGGAGAGAGAAGAAGGAAAAAUCACCAGAACAAUGUAGUCGAUUGCUGAGAACGCUUCCCCCAUUGGGGAAAACUUCCCUAAAACUUACAUCAAGUGACAUCAGCAGUACUCUUCCACUUGGCAGAACUGAUAGAAAUAAAGAAUCUGAAUCCAUUGUGGCUCAUGAAACAGGAGAUAAGAAAGAGGAGAACAGUGAUACAGAGGACAACUCAACAGAGAAUGAUUCAGAUGAAAAUGAAGAAAGAACCCUUGGUGAUACUGCAGAUGUCCUAAAUAUGACCCAUGUGAUGAAACUAAAUCCCAAUGACCAAUUGGUAGAAUUAGCACCAGUUCAAAAAAAAAAGUUUCAACAGUCAUAUGAUGAGGAAGAUAGAAGUGAUAGUCAUAAUACCGAAGAACAAGUAGAACAAGAACAAAAAGAGAAACAUCAACAAAAACAAUUUAAUACUGCUCAGGUUCCUAAAGAGGGAAAGAGCAAUAAAUAUUUUGAGAAUGGAGAAAAUAAUCAUAUGGCUGUAGAAACCAUAGAGGAUCAAAAAAUGUCUGCUGAGGAAGCGACUUGUACUAGCAGUGAUGAUGACAAUGAAAAAGUCCAUGAUGAAAACAAAGAUUGUGAAAAAGAAGAGAAAGAACCAGAUACAGCAAAAUAUUAUGAAGAUCAAGCUCUGGAUGAUGAGGAGGAACAAAGCAGUCUAUUAUGUGAAAAUGAAGAAAAGAAUCUUACAAAUACGGAAACAACAGAGAAAGAUAAACCUAUUUCAGAUAAUAGCCCAGUUAAACAAGCAUGUGAGAAGACUGAGAUUCAUACAGAGAAUAAUUCUUCACAAGCAACUACAGACAAUCAAGAUAGAACAUCUGGAAGACUACUAGAUAAGGCAAAAAGGGUAAAAUUUUCUUUUUUUAAAAGAAGGUCUAUGAAGCAGAAAAAUACACAUAGUUGUGAUGAAAGCAAACUGGAAAACCUACCUCAAAGUGAACAGGAUACAGGAAAUCAAGCCAGUAUAUCUGCUGAAACGAGUAAAGAUGAAAACCAGAACCAUACUGGGAAAAAUCAAAGGGGAUCUCCAUCAAUAUAUCAGAACAGAAAGUCCUCUUCUACAUGUAUAAUUCUUUAGUAAUGAAAAUAUAAGGCUUGUAUAUAUGUGAGGUUUUACAAGCAGAUAUUGCAGUUUAUACAUGGAAACAAUAAUGGCAUCUAGGUAAUGAUUACAAUUUUUUUCAUAAAAUUUAGCAUUUUGGGACUGAUCUAGAUUAACUUGAACCAACCUUCCAAUAUUUAUUUGUAUUCAUAAUUUUACUAUUGACACAAAAUGGGAAAUACAGUCUUAUUGAUGUGUUGUGGCCUUAACUUUCAGUGGUUUUAAUAAAAUAUAUUUUUGUACAUCAGAA